GGGAAGAAUUUCAAUGAUGGUGUCUUCUCUUGGUGUUGCCCAUAGGUCAGCCAAGGAGUGUAAAGAUAAAUGGGGCAACACCAAGAAAGAGGCAAAGAAGAUCUUUUCUGUCAGCAAGAGAGACCAGGGGAAAACAGGUGGUGGACCACAGGCUAAGUCAGUGAGUGUGGCAGUGCACAGAACCAUAGAUUUGUGCAAGGACUCUGCUUCCUUCAAGGGCAUAGGAGGUGUAGAAAGCUGCAUCAUUGCUGGUGCAGCUGAGGCUAGAUUGUCAGAAGAUGAUUCUGAAAUGGCCUGUACAGGGUCCCAGGAUUUAUUUCAGUCAGCUAUGGAAUGCCAAUCUGAGUCCUCACUACAACCUCCAACACCUCCUUCACCAUCAGUUCUUUCAGGGUUUAUUGGUAACCGGGCAGUACCAAUUGUGGUAAACCCAACUAGACAGGCUGAGAACAAUGAAUCACAUGCCGUCCCUACAGCUGCUACAGCCACAAAGAAGAGAAAAGCCACAGCAGGAGAUGUUUAUGAGCUUCAGGUUGUGUAUUUUAGGGGUGAAAUUGAAAAACAGAAGAAGGAGAUGAAAAAGCUGGACUUGCAAAUAGAACUGCUGGAGAGAAUCAAGGCAAAGGAGUACCAGCCAAUGUCAUUGUCACAGUGUCUUGAGGCUCUUGGUACUACCAACUAAUAUUAUUUGUUAUCUUCUCAUGUUAUAUUGAUUAAAUGUUAUUUUCAAAAGAGAAAAAAAAUGAUUAUAUAUUUCCCAUUAUUAUACA